GAAGACGAUGGGAUAAGAACGAGGCGGAAGAAAUCCCAAAGCCGUAGCAGCGGCAGCAGAGAUCAGGGGAAAGGGAGCGAGCACUUGGAAGUCGAAUGGCGACGGUGUGCCUUCCCGGGGCGUGCUCUUCUCCAGCACGCGUGCGCUUCUCCCGGCGCCCGGCCGCCGCGCCGGCACCUCCCUCCCAAGCCCGAAUCCGAUGCGCGGCAAUUGAGGACCAGACAAUCUUCUUAGAGUUUUCUUGCUCCCCAAAAGGAAUGAAGAAUCUUGCUUGCGGUAUGCUUGCUGCCUGGGCAAUCACCACUGCCUCUCCUGUUGUUGCUGCAAGUCAGAGGCUGCCUCCACUUUCAACAGAGCCAGAUCGUUGUGAGCGAGCAUUUGUUGGGAAUACAAUAGGUCAAGCAAAUGGUGUAUAUGACAAGCCACUUGAUCUGCGGUUUUGUGACUACACAAAUGAUAAAUCACAUCUCAAAGGGAAAUCACUUUCAGCUGCCCUCAUGUCUGAUGCUAAGUUUGAUGGUGCUGAUAUGACAGAAGUUGUGAUGUCCAAGGCUUAUGCUGUUGGAGCAAGCUUCAAGGGGGUCGAUUUUUCAAAUGCGGUUCUAGACCGGGUCAAUUUCGAAAAGGCAAAUCUAAAAGGAGCAGUGUUCAAGAACACCGUCUUAUCAGGCUCUACCUUUAAUGAUGCUCAACUAGAAGAUGCAAACUUUGAAGACACCAUAAUAGGCUACAUCGAUCUCCAAAAGCUUUGCACAAAUAACUCCAUAAGUGCAGAAGGAAGAGCUGAGUUGGGUUGCAAGUGAUGUGUAAAGCUUUGACUCAUUUUGGUUUUCCCUUGUCUUAAUUCUUGCUUUGUUCAAAUUCCUCAUGCCUUGUUUCUGAAGGUGCCAACAAACUAAUUUAUGUAUCCAUGCACUCCUUACUGGUAAAAUACAUAUGUUUUGUAUA